AUGCGAGGGGUCCAGGAGGCGGAUUCGGUCGAGUCCGCUCAGAGCACAGCAACGCACGGGUCAACGACUACUCGAGCCCAGUUGCCGAGGGCCAUGAGCAUUGAUUUGCCGGACGACCAGCCCGCUCCAGGCGAGCAGGUUGCGCAGAUAGAUAGAGUGAUAGAGCCACCACCUCUCGAAGAGCAGAUCAAAACGAUCCAGACACUGGUGCUCGGAUUUGAGGAAACCUUCCCGAAGGUGGGCGAUACCGCGUACGUGGUAUCCACGUCAUGGGUGCGUAAAGCCCAAGCCUUUGGUGACCCCAAGAACACCAAAGACGGUCCGUCAGAUGAACGUCUUGGUCCUGUGGACAACUCAGACAUUAUCGAGAGCAUUUUAGCCACAGACGACGGCCCUUUUGUGCGCCUGAGAGAUGGAGUGAGCUUGGAUAGCGACAUCUCGCUCUUCCCCGAUGAUGCUUGGACCCUAGUAUCGGAGUGGUACGGCCUCGCCGAUGGACAGAUUCCCAUCAUCCGCAAGGCUAUCAACACGGCACAAGAUUCGGCUCCUUCGACCAACAUUAUUUUUGAGAUCAACCCUCCCGUCUUCACCGUUCAUCGACUGUGGUCCAGUGGGAGCGAGAUCCCUAUUGAGACCAAGCUCAAGGACGCUGCACCAAUCGUCGUGGUCAAAAGCACCUCUGCAUCUUAUAAUGAGUUCUUCAAGGAGCUCAAGACAAAGACGGGCAUUCCAUUGGACCGCAAAAUACGUGUGUGGUCGAUAGCACCCCAAACCGAGCCUUCUCAGAUGGAUGUUGAGCCUCAUUCCGCUUUGACACCGCCUGAUUCGCCGGAGCGCGAACCUGCAUCUCCCCCGGAAUCGUGGAAGAAGAUGCUGAUAGAUGUGCCGACGUACUUGGCCGUGGAUUCGCUGCGGCGGAGCAAGGUCGAUGCCAUCGACAACACAGUCAAUGCCAACUACAAUGGGAAAAGCUCGUUGUCUAUGAAGGCUCUUGGGCAAAGUCAGAUUCUGGUCCUUGACGAGGAGGUCGAGAGAGGGGAAUUCGUGUCAACAGACUUCAAGAGAAAGGGCAACGCCAAGAGUAUCGCCUCUCGAGGAGUAGGAAAUGGCAAGACGACCCAGGCCAGUGGCAACAACAGCGGUCGGAACAGCCCUGCACCGUCAGCUCGCUCUGGUCCUAUAACUCGUGGCAGGACGCAACAAAAAAGGUCGGGCCGCAGCGUCGGAGCUGUUGGUCUGCAGAACUUGGGAAACACGUGCUACAUGAACUCGGCACUUCAGUGUGUCCGGAGUGUCGAAGAGUUGACGAAGUAUUUCCUCACAAGCGAGUACGAGAAGGAGUUGAACCGCGACAAUCCUCUUGGCUACGAUGGCCAAGUAGCCAUUACAUAUGGGCAGCUCUUGAAGGAGAUCUAUCGCGACUCAAGAGGGGCCGUCAGCCCUCGUGAGUUCAAGGUGACAAUCGGUCGUUGUCGCAGCGCCUUUUCUGGAUGGGGCCAGCAAGAUACGCAGGAGUUUCUCGGCUUUCUUCUGGAUGGUCUGCAGGAAGAUCUGAGUCGUAUCAAGAAGAAGCCGUACAUUGAAAAGCCCGAUUCGACUGAUGAGAUGAUCGGCAACGAAGAGGCCAUUCGCAAAAUGGCAGAAGAGGUCUGGGAUAUCACCCGAAAGCGAGACGACUCAGUCAUCGCUGAUCUGUUUACCGGCAUGUACAAGUCUACACUUAAAUGCCCCGUCUGCGACAAAGUCAGCAUCACGUUCGACCCUUUCAACAACUUGACUCUUCCUCUGCCAAUUGAAGAUCUGUGGAGCGCGUCGGUCAAAUUCUUCCCCCUCAACGAUCGUCCUGUACUUGUCGAGGUCGAACUGCCAAAACACAGCGCUGUUGAACUGCUCAAGAAGGCCAUUUCUGAUCGGACAGGUGUUCCCGUCGACCGUUUGAUUGGCGCAGAAGAGUUCAAAGGAAAGUUUUUCAAGAUUUACUCCGACAAUGAAGACGCUUCGGAAGCCAUCACUGGCAGCGAUGUCGCCACCUUCCACGAGCUGGAGUCGUCGCCUACCAACUGGAUCAAGUCUAGUGGUCACCGCUCCAUGCUAGACAUUGAUGAGGAGCCUUACGUCGACCCACGCACCGAACGCCUUGUCGUCUCUGUCCUGCAUCGGAAACAGGCGGCUGGUAACCGAUAUAUCCGUGAUGACAGCGCUUCGCCUCCUCACUUCAUCGUUCUGACGAGAGAAGAGGCCAACAACGAGGAUGUUAUCCGGCGCAAGAUCCUUGAGAAGAUCGCCACAUUCACUACCGCUACCGGUUUUGCCGAUUCCGACGAUGGGCUUGAUCCCGAAACAGUUGUCACGACACAGUCCGAUACCGAGAUGGGUGAUUCUAAAGUAGUUGCUCAAUCAGUCGAGGGCGAGGACGACAUCGUCGAAGUGUCGAUGAAGGACAAUGGCGAGACAACAGCUGCUACGACCGCUAGUAACGACCGCGUGCUGAAGCGGUUUGAGUCGCGUCGACCCAAGUGGGCGACGGACUCACAGUCUUAUCUGCCACCCCAGCUCCAGAACCUUUUUGAACUGUUUUACUUUGGCGGUGAGAGCAGCGACGUUGUGCCUUCUGGCUGGAAUAGCCUUGACCGAGCUCUACACAAACUAUCAUCCAGAGCGCCGCCACCUGAGUCAUCAAGCGACCAAGAUGAGUCGAACAGUCCGGGCACCUGGACGAACGGCGGUGAUGGCGACAGCGACAACGACAGCACCAGCGACCUGCAAUCCUCUGCCUCAACUCCGGCGCAGACUCGCAUGAAUGAAGAAUCGAGCGAGGAAGAGGCAGUCGUCAAGCCACCCAAGGCUAGUGUUCGAGCAUCCCAGCGACCUAAUGGUCCAAAGCAUGGCGCUAGCAAGAAAAAGAUGAAGCCUCACAAAACGUACGGCAAAAAGGGCAAUAAGCGCCGUCACAGGGAGAUGAAGUCGCGCGAAGUGCGCAUGCCCGAUGUUGCGCCGCAACCCUCACCCACGGACGAUGUGCCCGGCCCCCUUGUUCGUUUCGGAGAGGGUAUCGUUGUCGAAUGGGACAGCAAUGCCUGGGACGGUAUCUUCGGCGAUACAGAUCACGGUAACGACGAUCUGCGUGGAAGUCCCACGUUCAACGACCUUGAGCGUCUGCGCGAUCCAAACAUGGAGCUGAAGCGGAAAAAGCGCCAAGCUCGCCGUUCCAAGGGCAUCACGCUGGAGGAGUGUCUGGACGAGUUCGAGAAGGCUGAAAUUCUGUCCGAGCAGGAUACAUGGUAUUGCCCGCGCUGCAAGGAACAUCGCCGUGCAAGCAAAAAGUUCGACCUGUGGAAGACGCCUGACAUUCUCGUUGUGCAUCUCAAACGAUUCAGCUCCUCCGGCUACCGGCGAGACAAGCUGGACGUGCUGGUUGACUUCCCCAUUGAGGGCCUCGAUCUACGGACACGCGUCUUGCAUCAAGAAGAUGGGAAAGAAGAGGUAUAUGACUUGUGCGCUGUCGACGAGCACUUUGGUGGCCUCGGCGGUGGUCAUUAUACGGCGUGGGCAAAGAACUUUGUCGACAAUCAGUGGUAUCACUUCAAUGACACGAGCGUUUCGGCUGGCAAAGCAGAGAGCUCCGUCACUAAGGCUGCGUACCUCUUGUUUUACCGCCGGCGUUCCACUGUGCCCCUGGGCGGGCCCCGCUUCCGCGAAAUCUGCGAGAAAUUUGACAGCGGCUCGGAAGAGGAGGAAGACGAACAAGACGCGGCAGAUUCGGGGGAAGGCCGGCGUCUCGGCGAGGGCUCCUCCCCAACUGGAUCGUCGAGACUUGGGACCGGAGCCGGAGCAAUUCGCCUGCCAGCAGGUCGUGGUUUGGCUCAUAACACCAUGUCGACGCGCAGCGACGACGGUCUGCCCGACUACAACAGCAGCGAACGGAUCCAGGACAGCAUCGAGGACGAAGGUAUCGGCAUGGCGGGCGCUCCCGCAAGCCGGCUGUCUCAGACGUUCACCGGCAAGCAGACGUGGUCAUUCAGCGGCAUCGGCGAGGAUGGUGACACCACGGAUACGCUCCAGCUCGGAGGCUACGCCAGCGACGAAGCACAGGCCGACUCGGACGUGCCGGACCUGACCGGUCGUGGCAGCGAGUCCCCCUUGGUCGAUGACCUGCUUCCCCAAGCAAGCGACGACGUGUUCGGGCCUCAGCAGCAGGGGCCCCUGCCCGGCAGCGCUGAGACCUGGAGUCUCAAACUUGAUAAUGGGGUGAAUGCGGUGCCGCCAAGGGAUGACGAUGAUGACGCUGCGUCGUCGGAGGCUGCUGAGAUUCACAUUUCCGACGAUAGCCAGGGCCAGCCUGAUGUUAAGUCCUAG